GAGACGACAUCAUACGUGCUCACCUGACCUAAAUAAGCUGAUAAGAUGACUGCUGAAUAACUCCUUUCUACCGCUCUCACUUUCACCUGCGCUAUACUCACGCCCGUAUGUGUGGUCGGUUCUCGUUGCGACUAGAACCCCAAGUGAUUCGACAUGAACUAGAUAGAUAUAACCUGCCCGUUAAUGAGUGGAUUGAUCAAGACCAAUUUGUACCAAGAUACAACAUAGCUCCUCGCUCUCUCGCUCCUGUGAUUAGACACAGUAGUCCGAAAAACUCGUCGAGGUUGGGUAUGGAAUCGUUAGAAGACUCAAGCCAUCAGUUAGUUAUGCAAACCAUGAAAUGGGGCUUGGUACCCCAUUGGUCCAAAUAUGAGGACAAAAGCCUCAAUACUAUAAAUGCACGUUCUGAGAACCUCGUUUCAGGUGGUGGAAUGUGGAAUAGUCUGAGAGGCCGAAAACGAUGUGUGGUGGUCUGCCAAGGAUACUAUGAGUGGCUUUCGAAAGGAAAAGACAAGAUACCUCACUUCACCAAACCAAAAAGUGGGCAUCUGUUGUUGCUUGCAGGACUAUAUGAUUCUGUCGAACUUCAAGACAGAACCGAUACACUCUGGUCAUUCUCAAUUGUAACAACUGCAGCUUCAAAUGAGUUUGCAUGGCUCCAUGAUCGACAGCCAGUUAUACUUUCCACCCAAAAAGAUAUAGACCAAUGGCUGGAUACGUCUUCACAACGUUGGUCUGAGGAUCUGGCCCAAAUGGUUUCGCGUGCAUACACUAAGGAUUCCUCGUUGGAAUGUUACCAGGUACCAAAAGAAGUUGGGAAAAUCGGCAUGGAGUCAUCAAGUUUCAUCCUCCCAAUUUCUGUACGGAAGGAUGGAAUUGAGGCUAUGUUUUCCAAGCAAAAGCAGGCUCAAGCAACUUCUGCAACGAAGUCAACCUCAACCAUGAAACGGAAGCAUGAUCAAGUAUCGCCAAAAUCAACCAAAAUCCUGGCAACUAAAAUUGAGGACAGUUCAGACAGUGACAUUGAAAUUUUGGAGCAUCAUCCUCCAUUUGCGAAAAAGGUUUUGACUGUUUCCGCACAGAAGAAGAUAUGA